GGGGGGGUCCAGCUCUAUAAAGGCUCUGCGGUCCUGCUGGGCCAAGCCAGCACUGUGAGGCUGGGGGCACACGCAGGUUGCUGGCCAUGGCAAGCUCAGAAGAGGUGCAGAGGGCGACGGAGCUGAUUGAGCAGCGACUGGCCGAGGAGGAAGAGAACCAGAAGCUCCACGGUGCCGCCAACAUGAAGCUCGGGCCAGGGCAGAUGGACCUGCUGGUCCUAGAGGAUGAGAAGCGCCACGGGGCCCAGAACCUGGCGCUUCAGAAGGUCAAGCAGGGUCAGGAGAGAGUGCGAAAGACGUCACUGGACCUUCGCCGGGAGAUCAUCGACGUGGGGGGCAUCCAGAACCUCAUCGAGCUCCGCAAGAAAAGGAAGCAGAAGAAGAGGGAGGCUCUAACCCUGGCUCCCCAGCCCCCCCCCGAAGCCCAGGAGAUCACCGGACCCAUAGACGAGGAGACCUUCCUGAAAGCUGCUGUGGAGGGGAAGAUGGGCGUCAUCGAGAAGUUCCUGGCAGACGGAGGCUCCGCCGACACCUGCGAUCAGUUCCGCCGGACAGCCCUGCACCGGGCCUCUCUGGAGGGCCACAUGGAGAUCCUGCAGAAACUGCUGGACAGUGGAGCCACUGUGGACUUCCAGGACCGGCUGGACUGCACAGCCGUGCACUGGGCUUGCCGCGGAGGCCACCUGGAGGUGGUGAAGCUUCUGCAGAGCCGCGGAGCAAACAUCAACGUGCGGGACAAGCUCCUGAGCACCCCCCUCCACGUGGCUGCCCGCACGGGGCGAGUGGACCUUGUGGAAUACUUCCUCUCCAUGGGAGUGGAUAUCAAUUCCAAGGACAGGGAAGGAGACAGUGCCCUCCACGACGCCGUGCGCCUUAACCGCUACAGGAUCAUCAAGAUGCUGCUUCUGCAUGGGGCUGACAUGAUGGCCAAGAACAUGGCAGGGAAGACCCCCACGGACCUGGUGCAGCUCUGGCAGGCCGACACCCGCCAUGCCCUGGAGCACCCAGAAGUGGAGCCUGCCCACAGCCAGAACGGCCUGGAGGGGUCGGCUGAGAGCGGCACUGAGACGGCUCCCCAGUAAUCCCCCAGGGACGGGAGCCAUGGAGACUUGCCAGUGUUGUUGCUUUGCCUUCUUCCCUGUCUGGAUAACUUGUCCAGCCUUGACAGACGGCUCAGUACAGGGUCAGACAGAGCCCCAUGAUAGAGCAGAGGAGGAAGCACGGGCUGCUAUCAAGUGGGCAUUUGCAUUUCCUCACCCUCCACCUUCCCCCAAUCCCCUAAACCAGAGUGUAAGGGAUUUACUCACAAUAAAACUUGGUCUUUUGCUA